AUGCCCUUCUCCCUCCCCUCCUACCGCAAGCGCUCCCUGCUGAACAUCUUCGGCCGGCUCUGCCAGCUCAUCGGCGCAAUCGCAGUAUGCGUCUACUAUGGCCGCGUGCUGCACGAGGCAAUGCGAAGGGAUGUUUACGGUGAUGCUAGAUGGAUCUUCGCGACGAUUACUGGAUCGCUGGCUGGUAUUUCAGCACUCGCCUACCUCGUCUGGACAGCCCUGUUGAAUGAAUUCCGCGCCAACGCUAUCCUCUUCGCCUGGGAUCUAUUGAUCGCGAUCCUCUGGAUCGUUACAUCAGGAAUAUUUGGGUCCAUGUACCUCACCGAGAAUCCCGAAAUGGAUCAGGGUAUCCAAGACAUGAAAGUCGCGGCCGGCUUCGACUUGGCGAAUAUUGUUCUGUGGCUGAUCAGCGCUGGCUAUUGUGGAUGGGUGGUGUUUGUGGCGGAUCGGAGGGUGCUUAAUGAGGGGCGGGUGAAGAAGGAUGUGGGAGAGAGAGCGGAGUGGGUGGCGGACAGGAGAUGA